AUGGAAGGGUUAAAUGCCGACAGCUGGGUCCUGAAAUCUCCCUUCAGCAUCACCAACCUCCUUCAGGAUGUGGCCUCGAGCAAAGCUCCCGAGGGAUCUCCAUCAUCGCCGCUGGGGGAAGAAGGGAACGGGGCGGCAGCCGGGGCACGGCAGCAGAGGCUGGGGAAAGACCACCUGGCCGGGGAGAAAUGCGAGAAGCCGCCCUUCAGCUACAACGCCCUGAUCAUGAUGGCCAUCCGGCAGAGCCCGGAGAAGCGCCUCACCCUCAGCGGGAUCUACGAGUUCAUCAUGGCCAACUUCCCGUACUACAAGGAGAACAAGCAAGGCUGGCAGAACUCCAUCCGGCACAACCUCAGCCUCAACAAAUGCUUCGUCAAGGUGCCCCGGCACUACGACGACCCCGGGAAAGGCAGCUACUGGAUGCUGGACCCCUCCAGCGAGGACGUCUUCAUCGGAGGGGCAACGGGCAAGCUGCGGAGGAGGUCGCCCGCUUCCCAGGCCAAGCUGGCCUUCAGGAGAGGAGCGAGGCUCGCUUCGGCCGGGGUGACCCUCGCCGGGUCCCUCUUCUGGCCCUUCCCUCCUCUGUACGGGGCCUCAGCAGCAUACCUGGGGCAUCACCCGAGCUCCCUGUCCUCUAUUUUCCCCCAUCAGGCAAUUACUUCUCCGGGGAUGCUUGGACAAUUGCAAGGAAGUAGCCCUUACGGGAACUGCCAGCACACUGCCGCAGCGACGCUGACUUCGGCCGUGCCCAGUGGCCUCUCCGUCCCCAGCCGCCUGGACUCCUGUUCUGUCAAUGUCUUGGCAGGCCAGACAAGUUACAUCUUCUCUCAGAAGCACCACCACACCUUGCUGACCCACCCUCCAGGUAGCCUCCCAUCCAAAUGCACUGGAGACCUCCUCAGUGAAGCUCCCCCGAUGUUCCCGGGACAAUUUUCUCCAGAGAUCCCAAGCUACUUCCCUUUUCACAACCAGAGAGCUCCGUUCAGCCCAGGUCUGCCUUGA